AUGGAGCCGUUGUUCGGUAAUCUCUUUCAAUUUAAUGAUUAUAUCAUCGAUCCUUUACACAUGCGUUUGCGCAUUUUUGAUAUAUUGUUGAAAGACAUUUUGUCAGAAGCUUCAAAAACUAAUGAAUACGAACCUAAUCAUAGCAAGAAACUUGAAGCAAAAUUUGCAUUACUCAACAAACAUGCAGUUCAACAAAUUGGAAAUCGUUUUUUCUUUAAAAUAGAAAUUGAGACUAAUGUAAAAAGUAUUGUUGUUUGUGGCAGAUUCUCUGGUCAUUUGCAGCAAAAACUUUUUGUAGAUAGUUUUCCAUAUGAAAUAAUUGAAAACGAGCAAAUAUCAAAAAAUGCAAAAAAUUUAGUUGAAAAGUUCAAAAUAAUAAUUGAACUUAUUAAAACACCUAAAGCUGAAAGGAAACAUGAUCUAUCUGAUGUUUCAAAAAGUUUCGUGAAAGAAUUUCUUCGAUCAGGUUUAAGAACAGUUUGUAUACCCUAUAUGCAUUUAAUCGGUAAUCAUUUAGCCGAACAGGAUGAAAAUGAGAAUUUAACUACAUAUGACACGCAGGGUGUUGAAAAAUCAAAUGAUUUAUUAUCGCGUCUGUAUUUUUCAUCAAGUAAUAAAGCUAAAACGCCCCUUCGUACGAUGAUUCAAAGCUUAUACAGACGACUAGAAAUUAAUUUUACUGAUCCAAAAGAUCGUAUAACUAUGACUAAAUAUGCUUUAGAAUGUACUUCUAAUGAAAAUGACAGUGAAGAUGAAUGUGAUGUUUCUAAUAAUAACUUUUCGCAUCUCAAUGAAAGUAAUUCUGAUAACUGUGAUUCUUCAGAUGAGAUAUCCUCGUCAUUUAAUGAAGUAGAUAGUAUGGAAGAAGAAAGCAAUCAAGAUCUUAUGCCUAGAUAUCUAACGUGUCAAACUAUUGCAGUUCAUCGAGGAGAAAUGCGUUGGAAAAGUUUUAAGCAUAAAUAG